ACUCACUUUAGAGCAGGACAGAAUUUGAAAGAAACGCAUGAAAGCCAUGUUGCAGGACGGGUAUCCUCUUCCAAGACCACUCGGCUCGACACGAUCCUCCAACAUCCUCUGCUUUCUAUUGCCGUUCUUCUCGAUUAUAACCUCUUGCUGUGCUGUCAAUCUCGUUCUCUGCCCCAGGACCAGGACCCCCCUUGCCUCGCCUUUUUCACCGACUUUCACAAAUAUGUACAGUAAGAACAACAGCAAAAGUUCGGAAAAGAUUAGUGAAGUUGCAUCCCUUAGAUGUGCAUUUGAUUUAUUUGAUGCCAACUUCUUCAACGGUGAAAAGAUUCGAGAGGUUGCCAAGGGUGCCAAAGAUUUUAAUAUCCCUAUAAUCAGAGCCAAUCGGAAAUUAGUUGCUUCUGUUAAUGGAGGACUGAAUAAUCCAUCUUCUUUGGUGUUCAAUCCCGAGUGGGGCAGUGAAAAACCACAAAGCAUAGACAAAAGGUUUAGUUAUCCAUCUGUUUCUGGCACUAAGAGACCAGAAAGUGAAGAAGAUGUUGCCUUCAUGAGUGUUCUUGAACUAGGGGACCUGAUUAAAACAAAACAAAUUACUUCAGAGGAGCUUACUAAUAUUUUUUUGCGGAGGUUGAAAAGGUACAAUCAUGUUCUUGAAGCCGUGGUCUCCUAUACUGAAGAACUUGCAUAUAAGCAAGCAAGGGAAGCUGAUGCUUUGCUUGCCCAAGGGGUGUAUCUGGGUCCACUACAUGGAAUUCCUUAUGGAUUGAAGGAUAUAAUUUCAGUUCCCAAAUAUAAAACAACAUGGGGUUCAAAAACUUUCAAAGAUCAAGUUCUUCACAUUGAAGCUUGGGUAUACAAGAGGUUGAAGGCUGCUGGGGCAGUUCUUGUUGCAAAACUUGUUUCUGGAUCUCUAGCAUAUGAUGACAUCUGGUAUGGUGGUAGGACAAGGAACCCAUGGAACAUUGAGGAGUUUUCAACAGGUUCAUCAGCUGGUCCCGCUGCAUGCACCUCAGCUGGUAUGGUUCCAUUUGCAAUUGGUUCUGAAACAGCUGGCUCUAUCACUUAUCCUGCUGCUCGUUGUGGCGUGACGGCAUUGCGCCCAACAUUCGGCACUGUUGGCCGAACUGGUGUAAUGAGCAUAUCUGAAAGUUUGGACAAGCUUGGCCCAUUUUGUAGAAGCGCCACAGAUUGUACUGUUAUUCUGGAUGCUAUUCGGGGUAGGGAUCCAGAUGAUCCCUCAUCAAGAGACAGUCCUCUUGAUGACCCAUUCUCGGUUGACAUCACAAAGCUCACAGUGGGAUAUCUUGACGAUGCUGAGGAGGAGGUUGUUCACAUUCUUGCCACAAAGGGUGUUAAUAUGGUUCCCUUCAAACUGAAUUAUACGGUUGAGUCUGUCCAAGGUAUCCUGAAUUUUACAAUGGAUGUUGAUAUGUUGGCUCACUUUGAUGAGUGGCAGCGCUCGGGGCAGGAUGAUGAUUAUGAAUCUCAUGAUCAAUGGCCUACUGAGCUACAGCGUGCGCGUAUGAUUCCAGCAGUAGACUACAUCCAGGCACAAAGAGUGCGGGGAAAGUUAAUGCAGGAAGUUAAAGAAAGUUUUAAAGUUGAUGCAUUCAUUGGCAAUGCAACUGACUGGGAGAAAGUUUGCAUGGGAAAUCUUGUGGGUAUGCCUGUAAUUGUUGUUCCUACUGGAUUUACCAAUAUAUCAAAUCCACCUCACGGUGGCAGCCGACGGAAAUCCACUGUGACCACCGGCAUCUAUGCACCUCCUCAUCGUGACCACAUUGCUCUAGCUCUGGCAAUGGCAUACCAAUCAGCAACUGAUCACCAUAAACAACGCCCACCUAUCGAUGAUCUCAGCCCCAAUGACUCAAUUCCAAAUCCACCUGCAGUUAUCUACCCUGCCAGGCAAUUGCAUCAUUGAAGGCAUCUCACCCGCUACUCCAGUACUUAUGAUGAUGUUUCUGAUAGGAGCCUCGCCAUUGGUGUGGUGGUAGAUUGAGUUUUUUAUCCGUUAAAGGGGUGCCAUAUUGGAGAGAGUGGUAAGGUGUGGGCAUCGGACUGUUUAUUUGUAUGGCCAUAAUCAUAUAUAAAGGGACCACAAGAUUAUGGAGGUAAUUAACAAGGAUAAGGUGGUCAAUAUACCCAAGUUAAGCUUGCUCAACUUUAGAGCUAUGUUACCAUA